AUGUCAGAGUUGAAUAAUAAUAAUAAUAAAGAUGGUGAAAGAAAAAACAACGAAAGUAAAGAAAAAUCAAAUGAUAUAGUUAGUUCAAUUGUAAAUGAUUUGAUCGAUGGAAUCAUUUGUUGUUUGAAGAAAGACGCUAGAUAUGAUCUAAUCGAUUGCAAAGAAGAGAAGAAUCAACAACAACUACAAAAAGAACAACCGAUAAACAACGAUAUCCUAUUCACAACAAUAAAACACAUACAAACUCAAGAAACUUCAAACCAACCAAACAAAAUAAUAUAUUACCGACAAGAAAGUGAAACAAUCAAUCGAAAUCAAACAGAGACUGUUAUUUGGCAACCAAGAGUAUUAAAACAAGUUAAAAACGAUUGCUGUGGAUAUUAUAGUUUAUUUAAUGGUAUUUCCGUUUAUAAAUCAUGUAUUGCCAAUAGCUUUGAAGAUAGAGAUAGUUAUUUUAAGAGAAUGACAUGUCGUCCUUUGUUUUGGCAUAUCUAUUCGAUAGCUUUGAAUCUACUGGUACAAAAAGCAAGAUUGGCAAAGAAGACAUACUAUCCGUGGAAUGAAAAGUACAUUGUAAAAGGUAUAAUGGAGCGUUGCUACAUCGACUGUGCAUUGGAUAUCGAUGGUGGUGAACAAGCGAAACAACCAAUCGGAGAUCAUCUACUAAUUAUUACUACUACUACUACUACUACUAUUUUCAUUAUUAGAAUUCUUCAAGAUUGUAUACUUGGAGAUAAAGAUAUUGUUAAAGAGAUUAUAGAUAUAAACUUGAAUGGAUUCCUUGAUAAUUACUAUCAAUAUGUGAAUCCGAUUGAUUCAGUAUCGAUACACGAAUCACUAGAUUUAAAUGAUAUUAAAAUGGUACAAUUAAUACAUUGGCUUGAGAACUAUUGGCCACCAUCAGUAAUCGAACAUAAUAUUUGUCAAGUAUUAGAUUGCAUUAUAAAGAGUAAAGAAGAUAUGAACGAUAUAAUUCAUCAAAAUACAUUGGAAUCAUUCUCAAAGUGGACCAAAGAUUUGUCUAAUCACAGUCUUGCAACUUCCGAAAUUAAUUUAUUAAAACGAUUUUCAACUACAGUCGAGUGGUUUCAAUAUAAAUUUAUUAGACCCUCAUAA